AUUUGAUUUGAUAAGAGUUUUGUUUAUUUAUUUUCAAUUUUAAUCAUUGAUUUAAUUCACAGAUUAUUUAAUUUAUUUUACAUUUCAAUGUAUUUUUGAUAACAAAUUAUAUAUUUUAAUACAAUUAUCAUAAAGUGUUUUAUUUAUACAAAUUGUGCGAUCAUUACAAUCGGUGUCAGCAAUGGAUGUCUCAAAUAAUGACAACAAUUAUCAUCGCUUCAAAUCAAUGAUUGGUCUGAAGGCCCAGAAGAAGGCCAAACAUGGCUUAAACCAGAGUUCGUUCAUAAGUCUGACAAAUAUAUCGAUUUCGUCGACCUUUUCGUUCACUUCUUUGAAAAACACUUCAUUCAAGAAAAUGAGACGAUUUUUGACGACAACUAAAUUGACCCGAAAUAAGACAUCAGUUCUUUCGCCGAAGAAUCUAAACGACGAGUUGGAGUCCAACGAAAAACUU